CUUUAGUUAAGCGGUGCCGUGUGGAAUUAAAAACUUAUAACUGAGUGAUUAGGUAUACUUAUUUUGAGGCAUAAAAUGUUACUGAAGUCGCUAUGCCUAUUAGUAUUUUUGGCUGUUUUAGCAACAGCUCAAAAGUCGCAAAGUAACGCAAAAGAUGAGCCCGCCAAGCAACAAGUGCUAAUAGCAACUCCUAUAAGUUUAGCUCAAAACCAAAAAGCUGGGUCGGUUCCACAAGAGCUCAGACAGUUUUAUGCUCGGCAACAAUAUGCUCCUGAGGUCUACGGAUUGACGUAUGCGCAGCCUCAGUAUCAGAAUGGAGCAGGUAUAUCCAGGCUCCAACCUCAAAUCGUUCUCUAUGGUCCAGGAGGCCAAGGCCAACCGAUCCUAAUCAAUCCAGGAAAUCCUCCGGGCAAUUUCCUGAUUCCUCAAGGUCCAGGACCAAAUGUCAUCGUCAGGAAUAACAACCCUCAGGCAGGCUUUCCAGUUGCCGGCUAUCCGAAACCAGCUCACAUUCCUCCAAUUGAAAAAGACGCUGAAGAGGUUCCUACCAAUCCUUCGAAAAUACCUCCAUUACAAAGUGACGCCAAACCAUCCGUUCAACCAAAAACCAAACCAGAAAAACUGGAAACAUUCAACGAACCAAACCAACCUGAACAGAAGCCACAAGAAGGCCAGUAUCCUCAACUGAAUACUGGCAACCUAAGACCUGGACAGCGAUUUUUCAUUCUUAACGGUGACAGUAUGUACAAUAAUUAUCCUUUUGAGGCAGUACAACCCAAUUUCAAAUACACUAAUGUGGAAUCGUACCCUCAAACAGCACCGAGCGGAUUUGCCCAGGAACCUCCUCAGUAUUUGCAGGAUGAUCGGUAUCAACAACAAUCGAUUACAUCACUACCUGAUUUAGUUUUGCGCAACUCUCAGCCACAAAAUUUACCUCAGCAAAAUACUCAGCAGUAUGCGAAUAAUCAAAAAGACAGCGAAGACAAAGCGGGUCAGCAAUAUUUCAACCCAAACUCACUUUUCGGGCAAAAUCAGGAAUACCAACCGUACUUUGUCGAUCAACAAGGUCAAUUUCUGAGCCAACCCGGUCCAUACCAAAAUCAAUUUCUGAGCCAACAAGGACCAUUAUUCCAAAACCAACAAGGACAAAUUCAAAACCAACAAGGACAAUUAUUUCAAAACCAACAAGGACAAUUAUUCCAAGGCCAACAAGGACAAAUUCCAAGCCAACAAGGACAAUUGUUUCAAAGCCAACAAGGACAAAUUCAGAACCAACAAGGACAAUUUCAAAGCCAACAAGAGCCAGCCGCUGAACAACCAAACCCAAAAUCAAGCAUAGUCCCACCCCAUCUGAUCGGCCAGUUCAGAUUUACACCAAAUUCCGUGCCAGAACUUUACCAAUUCAGAGAUGAUUUGGAAAAUGACGCUAUAAUUGUCGAUGCUUCUUACGAUUCUCCAAACAGCUUAGAUGGACGAGGUGGAAAUUUCAAAGCUGAAGAAAGUAGCACUACUUUGGUACCUCAGCCAGCAGAAAAGGAACCCGAAUCGAGUAUGGCGCAAGCUGCACCUCAAGGUACCGCCAUCGCAGGUCCAGGUGGCGUGGCUGGAUCGGCACCCAGAGGUACUGCCCUUGUAGGUAAAGGCGGUUUGGCGGUUUCCAGUCCUCAAGCUACUGCUGUGGCUGGUACCAAAGACGAAGAGAAAAAGAACAAGAGACCUUCCAGGAAAGAUGCUUGAGGAUUUUUGUUGAUGACAAUUUUAACUGUAAGGGAAAUUUAAAAUUAAUUGUGAUAUAUUAAUGUAUUUUAGAAAAGGAAUUUCAACCUAGAGAAAAGUUAAGUCGUAUUUGAAAUAUGUAUUUAUGAAUUCAAUCUUAUUGGAAAUA